AUGUAUGGUUAUGAUAAUCCGGAAGUAAGUUGUUGGUAUCGUGAUUCGGGUCAAAAUUAUAAUAUAAUAUGGCAAUGGAUUACUCUUUUCGGCUGGGUAGAUGCUUCCAUCUUAUAUUGUGCGAUCGUUGUCUUUAUGGUUAUUAGAAAACUCAGUUAUGCAACAAAAAAUACCGAUGAUUUUGAUUCUUCCCAGUUGUCUGAUUACCCCACCUUAAUUAAUAAGAAUUUGUUUUCUUCUGUUGUUAGAAGGGUUAUGUGGUAUCCUAUGGUGCCAUUAGCUGUUCAAUUUUUUAAUUCUUUCGUUGAAACUUACGCUUAUGUUAAUAAAGCAGUCCCUUUUCUUCUAUUAUUGCUUUGUGAUAUUGGCUUAUCACUUGAAGGAUUACUGAAUACUUUAGUAUUUUCUCAAGACAUUGCUAUCUCUCGUGCUUUCCAGGAUGUUAAACUACAAUUGUGGAUCUCCAUUGUUAACACUUAUGAGUCUCACUAUCCUCAUCGAUCACACAACAAAGCCAUCACCGAUGAAUUCAGCAUGCCAAAAAUAUCCAAUAAUUUUGUUGAAUUGAAAGCUCUAAAUUACAAUAAAGCUAAUCCUUCUCUUUUAGAAUGGUUAAGAUAUAUGCUAUUGAUUAAACUUUUCUCGGCACCAAAAAUUUCAUUUCAAUUAAUUUCACCUAAACUUUUAUCACAAACCGAUUCUUUUGCUGGAAAUAAGCUUGAUGCCUCUUCGACUCACCUUGGAAAGGAUGAUUCAAAGCAUGAUAUAGCCCAUUAUAAUCGUAAUGAUGAUCAAGAUUUAGAUUUUCCUGAUCCUGUUCAUUUAAAAGAUUCUUCCUCAUUAGAUUUGUCAUCUAAUUAUUUAAAUUCGUCAACUUUAUCUGAUCCCUUGAUAGGUAGUUCUAAAAAUAAUCAAACUAAUCGAAUUAAUAUAAGUAAUACUAAUAAUAUACAUGCCCCACUUAAUUCUACCACAAAUGUAAUAGACAUAUCAAACUGUACACUCAGCGAUGGUGAACCAACAAUAUCAGAGGAAUUUAAAAAAAUAUAUAGUUCAGAUAUUGAUUUAUCUGAAGAAAAUGAAACGCUUAGAUUGAUGCUAAAAAGAAUAUAA